GAAAAUUUUUUAAAAUCAUUCAUUCAUAUAGAAAGCAGAACAUAUGAAAAAUGCUUUGCAGAUAAAGCAGUCAUUGCUCAUUUUUUUUCUUUGCUUUAUAAACAACAUAUAUUUCAGAAUAAAAAGAGCGUUGGUAAUUCACUAAGUAUCUAACGGAGAUGCUUCAAAUAUUUAUCUUCGCUACCAUGUGCUUUGUAGCCCACGGUCAAUCCACGGCAUGCAUGAACGCUAAAGGGUACACAGAGAAGGCGUUCGCUUGCGAGGACAAACUGCCAAAGAAGAGCUGCGAAGCACUUUACCCUUACAAGACAGGUGGAACAGACCCAGGGACAGACCCAGGGACAGACCCAGGGACAGACCCUGGGACAGACCCAGGGACAGACUCAGAGGCAGACGAUCCAGCAGAGCCAAGUCCAAAUGCGAAAACAAGUGCGCCAACUGUUGGCGGAAAUGAGCCUAGACCUGAUGCUUGUUGGUCGAAGGAUAGUGAUGGAAAAACGCUAGACAACCAAGUUGUCAACACUGCUGCGAGUUUGUGUCCAAAGAGAUGUGCAUUGUGCUGCAGGUCACCCGCAUUUGACUGUGAAAAUGACGGCAGUCUUGACUGCUCCAAAGCGAAAAAGUAUUGCAAUGACCCAGUAAUGAAAGCCGCGCUUGAUCUGGUAAACAAGUGUCCGAAAACGUGUGGAUUGUGCGAGGAGAAAAAUGCAGGAUGUACGGAUUCAUCGGCAAACUGUGACAAAUCCCUGUGCUAUAGCCCAGGUUUUGCGGAUUCAAUGAAGGAACUGUGCAAGAGAACAUGCGGUUAUUGUAAUGAAACAGCAACCAAUACUCAAAAUGGAAUUGUUCCUACUUCCGCUUCAAAGGACACCACAACUAUCCCUUGUGGAGAAGACGGGAGAUGUGAGACAUGGAACAAGAAUGGGUUCUGUAAUAGUACCUCCUAUCCUUAUGAGUACAAGAGGAGAUUCUGUGGCAAAAUGUGCGGUCUAUGUUGAGCCCAGACUCAAGCAAACUCAGUUCACUUAUUCACAAACUGGUUGUAAAAGUGUUUGAGUCUAAUGAAUUCAUUGCAAGAU